CGCCGUCGUCCACACUGUGCGUGCUGGUCCCGGGUUCUGCCUCCACACAUGGUUCUGCUCCGGCACAUCUCCAUGGCUGUCAGCGUGGCGGUGGCCACGCUGGGAUCGGCUCUCUUCAUCGCCCUCAAUUAUUUCUACAGAAGAAGAAUCUGGUCUCCCGAGGCGGAGUAUUGCGUGAUCACGGAGGAGGAGGAGGAGCGGGUGAAGCGUCAGGUUUUGGUUCUGGGUCUGGACGGAGCCGGGAAGAGCAGCGUGCUGCAGGGCUUGGCCAGUGGCCCGCAGGCCAAGCCGGCCCGGUGCCGGCCCACACGCGGCUUCAACUUCAUGAGUCUGGACACUCCAGCGUGCCAGCUGGACUUCCUGGAAAUCGGAGGCGGUGAGGACCUGAGGCAGUACUGGUUGGAGUACCUGAGGAAAACUCACGUCUUGGUGUACGUCGUCGACUCUUCGGACCGGCGCCGUCUCCCGCUGGCCAAGGCCGAGCUGCACCGCCUGCUCAAAGUCCACCCGCAGGUUCCUGUGGUGGUCCUGGGGAACAAACAGGACAAGCCAGGCGCCAUCAGCGUAUCGGAGCUCUAUGAGGAGUUGGCUCUCGGCUUGGCGGUGGAGGAGCGGAGGCUGUUCCUCCUGGCUGCCCAGCUGGGCACUGAGGGAUCACCGAGGAGUACCUACCGCGGCCUGCAGGCCUUCCACGACCUCCUGCUCCAGCUUGUCUGAUCUGCACAUGCUGUGAGAAGAGGAGGUGGUUGUGGAUUUAACACAAAAUGCUGCUGCUGGAGGAGAGGAGGAGAGACAAGGAGGGGCGGGCUUCACCUCCUUCUCCUCCAGCUGUUACUGCUGAUGUGAGGAGGCUGAAGGUGGAAAUGUGAGAGGAGGAAUUGAAGGUGGGGGAGCAGUGGAAUUACAAGGCAGAGAGGACAUGUAAAUGCUGUCGAGGACCUCAUUCCUUGGAGAGGACCCUUCCUCUCCUCGGUUCGGGGUGAGUAAAGUUUGAGUGGGAGUGAAG